AUGGACGCUGAAUAUAAGGAUAUUAGCAGAAGUAAUGAAGUCUCAUGGAAACAUUGUUUUAGACAGUUCCUUGUGAACAGCAUAGCGUUAAUGUUCUACUUCAUGUUCGGGCUGUCUCUGGGCGCCCCGACAGUCCUCUUGCCGCAGCUGAGGAAGGAAGCGAACUCUACAGAAGCCGUCAGCGAGGACAUGGCGUCAUGGAUCGCAUCCAUUGCCGGAUAUAUGGGAGUGCCAUGGAGUGUGGCUUUACCAAUCAUCAUGUACUAUUUUGGCAGAAGGAAGAGCUGCGUUUUCGUCGUUCUUAACACUUUCACUGCAUUUAUUGUGCUCUACUGCAGUACCGAUGCCACUCAGAUAUUAAUCAGUCAAGUUCUGCAAGGAGUUAACGCUGCCUCACAAACCAGUCUCACCGUUAUUAUAAUGACUGAGUACACUUCACCCGAGUAUAGAGGAAUAUUUUGUACGACAAAAAGUGUGAUGAUGUAUUUAGGGGUGUGGGUAGCAAAUGCAAUAGGGAUGUUUUUUCAUUGGAGUAACAUCGCAGUUUUGGGAAUCGCAUGUUCAGUUUACAAUUUUGUUGCUAUACUGAUAAUGCCCGAAUCCCCGUAUUGGUUAGUCAGUCAAGAAAAAAUUACAGAAUGUGUAUCGUCCCAUCGCUGGUUAAAAGAAACUAAAAACAAGACAUUGCAUGAGAUUGCAAAUAGUUUUAAAACUAAGGACAUAGGAAAGAAAUCGGAGAGCAGCCAGUUACAACAAGGAUGA